UCUACGGUAACACUGAUGCGGCCCUGCCGCAAACAAAAAAAUGGCUGUGAUUUUUGCACGACAAUUUGAAUUUUUUCAAUAUAAAAAGUGAAAUGCAAUCACACCAAGUGGCAAAUGCGUGACUGCUAAGAUGUUGACGCCUCGGGGGCCUCGAUAUACUUCAAAGCGGCAGCCAAAAUCGUCGUAGGACACGAAACGAAGUUCUAACAACCACAAAAUCUGUUCCCGUCCGGUCCCCCAAACCACUUGCAUACGAACACACACGCACUCGGCAGCAGAACACACACACAAACCCGCAGACAGUUGUUGGUGCAGACAGACAACAAUCCUCCCAAGUAUGGAAGGAAUGGACCUUUGGACAUCAAUGUUCUCGGCAGACUUGGAGGAGGACGAGGAGGAGAUCGACCAAUAUGCAAAUGAGAACGGCCUGGACAGCAAUCUGGCCGGCGACAGUGAUGACAUUCUGCCUGAGGAAGACGAUGAUGAGGAAGAGGAGGAGGGAGAGGUAAGGCCUGGCAGUGGUAAUGGAAAAACAAAAGAGCCCGAUCUAGAUGAUGAUACCAUAUUUGACUUCGAUCUUGAGCCGAUUGUAAGCAUUGGCGAGUCACAGCCUUCUCCGCAGCUGGCGCUUACUGAUCCACCUGAAACAUCUGUGCGACUGUCGGGAGUGGUCACGCGGCCCACCACCUCGCAGAUCAAUGCAACCGAUGCGAACGGGGUUCCCAUCAACUAUGAGCUGGGCGUCAUCUACAUCUGCCCAGCAUGCGGGGAGGAAUUCCGGCAGCAGGAUCUCUGGAAACGUCACAUGAACCAGAUGCACCAGUUCAACACGCGCCGCGGCCUCAACUUCAUGGCCAUGGACAAGCUCUAUCAUCGGUGCCUGGAGUGCAAUAAGCGCAUCGCCAUGCACAGCCGGGAGAACCUGCUGAAGCACAAGUUCACCCAUUUGCCGUUUCGGUGCACCAAGUGCUACAUCUGCAAAAGGGAGUACAAAUACAGACAAGACCUCAUGGUCCACCUGAGGAUGGUCCAUUGCGACGAAGUGGUGGCCAUGAUGCGGGAGGGCUUCAACUUGGCGGGGCGCAAGACGCGGGUAAGGGAACCACGCACAGAGCAAAUGCAACGCAAGGACCCGUUUCCCGAGGAGGAUGAUGAGCGAAACGAUAUUCUCGAGCCGGAGAUGAUGGAGGGGGAGGCGCCGCAGAGGAGACGCAAAAAGCGCAACCAAGGAGGUCUCUCUGGCGAUGGUAGUGCGGAUCUUUGCGAGGACUACAUCCAUUACAUGUGCCCCGAUUGCGGCACUGAGUGUGACACCCACGCCCAGUGGAGUCAGCACAUUGAGUUUGUCCACGACUACGUUAGCCGCAGGGGCCUCAACUUCAUCAGCGUGGACAUGCAGAUGCAGUGCCUAGAAUGCAAGAAAAUUGUCAUCCCCAACACGAUUAAGACGCUGCGGGCCCACAAGUUUACGCAUCUGCCGCAGCCCGAGUGGCUGCGCUGUAAACUGUGCUACAAGGGCUACAGGGAACACCACGAGCUAGUCACUCAUCUGCUGAAGCAACACCAGCUGGAGUCGCUGAUGCCGGAGGAGUCGCCGGAUACAUCGCCCGUGAAAAGGACAGAUCGCGGUGGCGACGACUGGGAGGACCAUGGAAACGCCAGCGCCUUCGAUGACGUUUCGUCGCAUUUUGAAGAUGUUCCGCGAAGGGGAGGCCGCAUCGGGAGCGAUGACAUCUACGAGCCACACAUCGACUACCUGUGUCCGCAGUGCGGCAAGGAGUUCAUCGAGAAGAAGCACUGGCGCACCCACGUGGUGCAGGUGCACGGCAUGAACGAUGUGACGAAGCUCAACUUUGCGAUCAUCAACGAUCGGCAGUUGAAGUGCACGGAGUGCGCCAAGAUCAUAACGAACGCCUACGGCAUACAGAACGCCCAGCAGCACAGGAUUACGCACCUGCCAUUCAAGGCGUACGCCAGGUGCCGCAAGUGCCACAAGUCCUACACGGAUCGCAAGGGUCUGGUCAAGCAUCUGGCCACCUACCAUCGUGUAGGCUACGUGCCGCGCAAGAAUUUCAAAAUGGGCGGACGAGGGGUCCGGCUGUUUGAGUCGCCCAAGCAGCAGCGCAAACAGAUUGUGACCCUGGGAAAGGAGACCUACGAGAUCAUCUUCCUUGACGAAGAGCAGGUUCACUCAAGUGUCGACGAGGAGAACGACUUUGGAGAGCAGAUGCAGAUGCCGGAUGAGGAUGACUUGCCCACUGUCAGUGCGGGACUGCUGCCGCCCAAUCCAAAUCGCUACAAGUGCGUGGAAUGCGGAACGUUGUUCCCCACCCAAGUGGCUCUCAAAUUGCACAUUAGCGAGGCACAUGCGUUGCGGGAUCCCCCUCCAUACGCAGCACCGAAGAAGAUGGAAAAAAACCUGGGGAAGGAGGAUGCACUCAAGAAGAGGAGACUAGGAUCAGCCGAAGCAUUAGUAUCAGCAGCAGCAGCGGCCACAAGCGGCCCAUCGGCGGGCACCGUGGAGGAGAACUACAUAUUCCUGUGCCCCUCGUGCGGCGAGGAGUACAAGACACAGUUUGAGUGGCGCCGCCACAUCAACGAGGCCCACAACUUCGACAAGAGGCAGUAUCUGAAUAUGCGGCAGCUGGACAAGUACCGCUACCAAUGCACCCAGUGCAACGACAUUGUGUGCAACUCCAAGUUGAAGGGCCUGCAGGACCACCACUUCCGGCAUCUGCCCUUCCGCCUGUACCUCAAGUGCCUCGUGUGCGGCACUUGCUACAACCACAAGCCCAACAUUGCCGCCCAUCUGAGGACGCGGCACAACAUCUACGAGCGGGAGACGCCCUGGCGGGAGCUACAGACCAAGCCGCAGUACUCGUAUGUUCAGGCUAAGGAGAAGGACAGGGAUACGGUCGCCAAGAGCAGGCAACCAAAGUCACCUGCACCAUCGCCUGCAGUUGUCGCCUCAUCCUCUGGCUCCAGCGUUGGCAGUCGCCUGCUCUGGACGCAGUCCGAGAAGCGGCCCACACGGCCGGCCGGACUAAACACCCUGGAGGACAGCAUCUCGUACCACAAUGCGGUGGACAUGGACUUCAUCACGUACUACUGCCCCAAGUGCAACAAGAACUUCGACUCGCACGCCUUCUGGCGCAAGCACAUCGUGGAGCAUCACAACUUUAACAGCCGCGAGGGGCUGAACUUCCGGCAGAUUGACAUCCACCAUUACUUGUGCCUGGAGUGCUACAAGCGUGUCACCGUCACUCACACCAAGGGCGCCAUCGGGCAGCUGCAGUCGCACAAGUUCCGCCAUCUGCCCUACCGCUCCUUCAAGUGUCUCACCUGCAACGGAGAGUUUGUCCGCAAGCAGAUGUUCUUCAAGCAUCUGAAUCGGGACACCAAUCGGUGCGACAACAAGCCCAACGCCGAGAAGGAGUUUGACGACGAGGAGCACGAAACGUGUGGCGAUGCCUCCACAGAAGAUGCAGACGCAGAAGCAUCUGCCUAUCGACUGAUGUGCCCCCAGUGCGGCGACGACUUCACCACCAGCAACCAGGGGAUAUUGCGCAAUCACCUCAACGUCUCCCACGGCCUGGGCAAGCAGCUGCUACACAUUCGAAAGGUGGGCGAGGGGCUCUACCGCUGCAACGACUGCGACGAAGAGUUGGCUACAAAAAGCAAGUGUGUCCUGCAGCAGCACCGCUUCAAGCAUAUGCCCCAUGCCGCCUACAUUAUUUGCCAACUAUGCAAGAGCGGGUCGGAGGAGAAGGCGGCUGAAUUGCAUAGCAUGCGGGAGCUACAUCAACACAUCCACGAACACCAUCCGGCAGUGGAAGUGUGUGACGAGCGGGUGCAGAGGUUGCGCCAACUAAUAGACGAGGAGGAGGAGGCCGACGAGGACAGUCAGCCACCAGAAAACAGCGGCAAUGGAUCUGGCUCGACGGCGAACAAUGGUCCUUAUAUGCCGCUACCGCCACAUUUACUGGAUGAGGUGGACGAUUUGGAUUUUGAGGAUCAGUUUCUGCUAGGAGGGUGUUAGGGUGCAUCACUCACAACACAACACCACACCUGCCACCCAAUCCAAAUCCCACUGUCCGCCAAAACGUGAUCUUCCAGUGAUCAACCGAAUAAUCGAGUCUCUUAUUGCUAUGAGAGAAUGAGCAAAGUAUUCUUAGUGAUUACCCAAUAACACCUAGUUUCCACUCAUACUCAUAGUUUAGCUUUAAUUCCUCUCACUUAAGCAGUUGUAAGUCCUCAAACCUAUUUAUUUGAACCCUCGCCCCCUCUCAUCCACAUUUCAAUGACAUUUUUAAGACUAAAAGUACAAUUGUACAAUGAACUACAAUUAAUAUGCUUUCAGUGCGAGAUUUAGAUGAUGAUCGAGCUCUGUUCUCUCUACUAAUCAGGAAUUAGUCAGAAAAGCGUGGCAAACCACACAUUCCCUCUCUGGGAUAACUCUCUGUUUUAAUAAUGUUAAUAAAUACGCCAUUCACUUUGAGAUCUAAUAGACAUAAUCGCCAUAUCUCGGCUAUGCAGUGACAAUCAAUUCACUGUCGUGGUUUCAUCAAAAUUAUUACAAGACAAGGAUUACAUGUGUAUAUAUAAUUCUGUUUUAUUAGUCAUGAAGUUUAAUUUCGAUUAUGGCCGAAACCCCCACAAGCCGCAACAGGCUGCUGGAGCUGUGGAGAUGUUGCCGGCAACGUAUUCUCUCUGCGCUUGAUUCAUUCGCAAAGGGUAAACGUAAACUGGUCACUGGUCGAGUCAGUGAUAAAAAUACAUACAUAUGUGGAGGACCAUACUCAGCUGCCUGGGAAACGGUGUCUCGUGGGUGAGGGACGAUUAUAAUACGAUAUGUUCGGGAUCCUCAAACUCAGCUCUAACACUAAUAAUAAUAAAUAGUUAUAAUAAAUACUUUUGAAAAGCAUAAA